GAAAUUGCACCAGAAGCAUAAUGUCUUCCGAACUUCCAGAUAUUGCCGGAUUGAAGCGCGCCGUGCAAAGCGGCCAGCGCGUUGGCGCAGAGGAUGUCUCUGCUUUAGCACAGACCGAAAGCGAAUUGACCGGUGGUGGACCCAUCAGAGGUGGAACAGCAGCAACUGCUCAGAGUCUAGCCAUGAAACAGAUGAACUUUGAGGAAAAAUUGGACGAACUCUCCCGAAAGCCCCAAAGCCACAUCACCCGGGAUGAUGCUCGAGAGAUUCACGCAGCAGAGGGCCGAGCCUUUAACAAACCUCCGGGCCCGGGAUCCAUUGCAGCCCAGGUCCGAUCUAUAGCCGAUCGAAACGAGGCCCUUGGCGUGCCUGCUAUGCCUGGAGAAGCCUCGGUGUAUAUUACCAAGGAUGAUGCGAGUGAAGCACAGCAUGCUGAGUCGACGAUAUAUGGCGGGCAAAAUCCACGGGGCGGGAUUGCGGCGCAGAUGCAGAGUGCUGCUGAUAAGAUCGAAAACGCGUACCGGGGAUGAUUUCGAAGUGGUUGGUGGUUCAGUCCGGUAAGUGGGAGCCACUACCUUCGUCGGGAUCUUAAACAGUUGUGCCAAGGGGUUGCCAGUCUCGAGUUCUGCGCCGCCACCUCUUUGCGUUCUUUCAAUCUCUUUCCUUGGUUUGUAUGAAUAGGGUCAAAUGGC